UCGCCGCCGCCGGUUGGUUCAGUAUCCAGUUGGCAGUUUGCGCGCGCUCUCGAAGACAGCAGAGAACGCGUUACUCCGUACCACCGUCAUCGGUCGAUGCAUCCGACCAUUUCGCGUCAUCGGACAAUAAUUAUUAUCUAUCUCGAAUCUUUUACUACACAAGUGAUAAAAGUGAUAUACUUAUCGCCUAGCUCUGGCCAGGGAGCAUUCCAUGUCGUCGUUGUCUUUGUCGUGAGAGCGUUCAAUCUGUGUCAAUAAUUGCUGUGUAAACUAAGGUACAAAUAAUUGCCUGCUUGAGUGAGUUUGCAGUAGACUUGUCUCAGCUGUCGAGCCAAUUAGCAGUUCAGAUGGACCGGUGGCAGGUCGGCUGUUAUCAUUUGUGGUGCGUCGUUGUUUUGUUGCUUCUGGGAUGUGUGAACGGGGUGCAAGAAGAGGAUCAUUUCCGACUGCCGGCGAAUACGGUUCCAAUCGGAUACGAUGUCCAUCUGACGGUAGAUUUGGAACGGUUUGAUUUUUAUGGGAAUGUGCAAAUUUCUCUGAGCGUAACCAACGUUUCCAGCCACGUGACCCUAAAUGCAAAAGAGCUGGAUAUGUCGAAUGUGCAAUUGACGGAGGAUACGGGCAGGCAGCUGGCAAUGACCUUAUUCGUGAUGCAGAACGACUCGGAAAUGGUGCGGUUCAAUUUUGAUUCAGAUCUACAGGUGACGCAAACCUAUCAGCUGUCGAUAGACUUUGCGGGAAACAUCACCGACGACCUAAAAGGGUUGUACAAGAGUUCGUACUAUCGCGGAACAGAAGAAAGAUUCGUUGCAACCACGUUCAAUGCAGCUGCCUAUGCGCGCAAAAUUUUCCCAUGCUACGAUGAGCCCCAGCUGAAGGCGAAGUUCAAGCUGCGAAUCUACCAUAAACCGGAAUUUCGAGCGCUCUCCAAUAUGCCCAUUGAGAACCGCGUCGAAUCUGCUAAUAUUGAUAACAUGACCGUAACUGCGUUCGCAGAGUCCCCCCCAAUGUCGAGCUAUCUGUUGGCGUUCGUCGUGUCGGACUUCGGGGAGAUACGGGCCGACGCUAAAUUCGCUGCCCACGCACAAUUGAGCGUUAUCAACUCGACGCGCUACGCUCUGGAUUUCACCAAAGAUGCCAUCGAACACUUGGAGCAGUACCUCAAAAGGCCCUAUCAAUUAGACAAAUUGGAUAUUGUCGCGAUCGACGAUUUCCUGAUGGGCGCGAUGGAGAAUUGGGGGCUUAUUACGUACAAGACCUCGAGGAUCGCUUACCGCGAAGGCAUGGAUAAAACAGAAAAGCUUCAAUCCGUUGCCAAGAUCGUAUUCCACGAGCUGAUUCACCAAUGGUUCGGAAAUGAGGCAACCAGCGCCUGGUGGUCAUACAUCUGGCUGAACGAAGGAAUAACCGUAUUUCUGGAGAGCUACCUCCUGGAUAAAAUACAUCCCGAGUGGAGAACGAUGGAUCAGUUUCUGGUGAAUGAAGUGCACCCGGUCAUGGAGCGCGACGUUCUUCCGAAAACUCGACCGAUGACGAAGCAGAUCAACACCCCCGAAGAGAUUGCGGGGAUCUAUGAUUUCGUAGUUUACCCGAAGGCUGCCUCCGUUAUCAGGAUGUGGCAUUCGAUUGUUGGAAAAGAUAUUUUCGAGGAAUUUUUGGUGGAAUAUCUGAUUGAUCGUAGCUACAAAGCAGCGACGGAAGAUGAUAUGAUUCGGGUGCUUCAGAGUGUUGUUGACCGACACGGUGUAAAGCUGCCUCCGGUGAAGGACAUCGUGCAGAGUUGGACAAUGAAUGCCUCAUACCCGGUUGUUUUGAUCGAUAGGUCCGACGGGACAGUCAACGUCACGGCGGUUCCUGCUAAAACAUUUUACAUCCCGUUGACGUGGAUAUCUAGUUCCAAUAAAUCUGGCAUUGAAUGGCUGACUAAUUUGGAAGGGCAAAAGUCCAUUCAACUGGAAGGCAUCCCCGCGAAUGAAUGGGUUCUGUUCAACCCAAGCCAACAUGCGUACUACCGGGUGAACUACGAUAUGAAAAGCUGGAACAUGUUCAUCGAUGCUUUGAAAAACGAUCACCUGAAAAUUCCGACAUUAAGUCGAGCUCAACUAAUUGACGAUUCAUUGGCGCUAGCUAAAACUGAUCAACUGAGCAUAGAUGUCCUUCUGGGCAUCUUAAAUUACUUACCAAAUGAAGUCGAUCUUAUUCCGCUAAAAGCCGGAUUCAAAGCUUGGCGCUAUCUGCAUCGAAUGCUGGUUGGCAAUGAACACUAUCCAGCAUAUUUAGAACACGAAGAGAGCAUACUGGAGCAAAUAUAUGUUCGAAUGUUGACCAACACUGCGGACGACCACAUGUCCAAGUUGUAUCGCGCGGAGGUUCGUAAGGUUGCUUGUGAACUCGGCGUGCGUAAAUGUUUGAAUGAUUCCCUCGACAUGUUUGAGGAAUUCGUAACCAUCGAUCCGGAUCUUCGAGCUCCGGUGAUUUGCGGUGCGCUUAAGGGCAGCGAAAGCUACGAUGUGUGGGCUUUGGUGGUGAAACGUAUGACCUAUAUAACAAGGAAUUAUGAACAGAAACGAAUCAACAUUGAAGAGUUUGAGGACAUUUUGUAUGGAUACGGUUGCGUGGUUAGCGGCGAUCGGUUGGAUAACUACAUGAUGAUGUCCUUAUCCUACAUAGAGACAAUGGAGGAAUCGGACCGAAUUAAAAUGUUCAACUAUAUUGCUGAUAGUGGAGUCAACGGUACGGAUAUGGCUCUUUACAGGCUAAACAAUGAUUAUAGGACGCUGAAGAGGAGGUACGGGUCGGUAACGGAGAUCGUUAGCAAUCUAAGGUACGCCAUAACUACUGAGGAGCAAUUUCAAGAGUACAGCAAAUUUAUGAGCAACAACACAGAUUCGGACUUGGCUUUCCUACUAGCAGAAGUGCACAACGAGGCUCGCAAUAAUGUGCGAUGGGCGAAAGAGAAGCUCUUGGAGAUUUCAACAUGGAUAGCGUCGCAAAAUUCUGCAUUUACAUUCGUUAUUUCAAGGACACUGAUUGCCUUUGGGUUAUCAGCUUUUGUUUACCGUUGGCAAUAAAAUAGUAACACCCAA